CAGUUUAUUCGACACCCCGCCAUUGGGCUUGGUAACGCCGGCGCCUACACGUGUAAGGGAUCCAAUAGUCAUGCCACAGCUACAAAGAAUAUUUACGUCGAGGUUGUCGAGCCAUCUCGAGUGGCCACGGUGUCGAUUCUGGGGGGAUCCUCCCAAUGGUUUGAGCAGGGCGAGCCAUCAGAGCUCAUCUGUACGGCCACCGGCAGUUCCCUCGUCGACAGGCUUGAAUGGGUCAAGGUGGACGACCAGCUUCCAACCGACGUAGAGGAGCACAACGAACCCGGACUCCUGCACUUCCCUAACUUCAAGAACUCAUAUGCUGGCGAGUACGAAUGUCGCGGUUACCGUAAUAACGAGUUGAUUGCGUCGAGUUCCGUCCAAGUCUAUUCAUCUACUGACGACACCGAAGACGUGAAGGUCGAGAUCGAACCACCUCGUGUACGAAUUGUCUCGCAAGGCGAAUCCAUCGUGCUCAAGUGUACUGUCGAAGAUCCAAAGACGCGUGUAAUCUGGUGGCGUACAGAAAAUCUCACCGAUGCCUUAAUGAUCGGAUCUACGCAAUUUCUUCAUCUACAUAACGUUGAUGUGUGUGAUCGUGGAAUCUACUACUGUACUGAUGAAUUCACUAACUACGACUUCGCUCAUUCAAUUAACACUGUCAAUGGCGAACACUUUGAAUGGGCGCUGUUACGCGGCGGAAACAUCGUACGAAAACUUGGCAAUGAGGCCACACUUCACGUAAAAGGCGCCGAUCCAUCCAAUGAUUACGGAGUAUACAGAUGUAAUGUCGAAGACGAUAAUGGUGUCGUCUACAGUGGACAGAGUCCAUGGGCUAUAAAUGCUCAGGUGGUCAAAUUCGACGAGAAGUCCGAUGCUUCGUUCACCUGUCCGAUCUAUUCCGUUCCCGGAUCUAAGGUCGAAUGGUCUCGAGUGGAUGGCGAUCUACCCCCUAACGCAGUUCCCAAUGGAAACAAGCUCGACAUCAAGGACUUCGAUGACACUGCUGCCGGCAUGUACAUGUGUAAAGUAACAUUCGAUAAUAACGUCGUUGAAGGCUUCGUUGACGCACAAAUAUUCGGUAAGCGUGAAAGGAAAUUUUCGAAAAAAAAUCCUGAAUUGACGCCCUUCCAGUUCCGGACACCAUCAUUCAAGUUCUUCUUGACGUUUCAUCGGAGUCUGGUUAACGUUGGUGAUCGAGCAUGGUUCGACUGCAAGGUCACCGGAGAUCCAUCAGCUGUCAUUUCGUGGUCCAAGGAAGGAGCAGAUGAGUUGCCAGACAAUUCUCAGGUUACCGGAGGUCGAUUACUGUUCAACGAGGUGACGGAAGAUAACGCUGGAGUAUACAAGUGCCGAGCGAAGACGAAAGCCGGCCCAUUGGAGACGCGAACCGUGCUGAACAUCGGCUCAGCAAAACGCAAGCGCAAGCAUACCCGCGGUCGCCACGCCCGACGGAAUCAUCGACGGCGUGCUGCGACGAUUGCAUCAAGGCAACAUAAGAAAAAGCUUUCGUUGAUGCAAUCAACGUUCGGCUCAUGGUUUUCAACAAGUCAU